GUGUCUAUCUCUGCGCGACUUCCUGACGCGAAGCUUCACCUCGAGCCUUAACGUGGCACGCGAUGGUGUAGACGGUGCUCGCGACCUCAGUCUCCGCCAGUCGCACAACCGGAGUGAACGUAGAGAUUUCGGAGUCGGUGUGACGCAGCGAUGCAGUUCUCUCCCGCCAGCGGAGACUUCACCUUCGUGUCGACGACGGACGCUGAAGAACUGAGCGGUACAAUAGAUGCGCCGGACAUCAAGCUGAACAUGGGCGGCGAACAUUCCCGGGACGCCUACGCCGCCACCUUCCUCCGGCAAAGGGGCUAUGGCUGGCUGCUGGAGGUGGAAGAAGACGAAACCGAGGAAGCCAAACCUCUUCUGGAAGAGCUGGAUAUUGACCUGAAGGACAUCUAUUAUAAGGUUAGGUGUGUGCUGAUGCCCAUGCCAUAUCUGGGCUUCAACAGGCAGGUGGUUCGGGACAACCCUGACUUCUGGGGGCCCUUGGCAGUUGUGCUUCUCUUUUCCAUGAUCUCCAUCUAUGGACAGUUCCGGGUUGUAUCUUGGAUAAUUACCAUUUGGAUAUUUGGUGCUCUGACGAUUUUUCUCCUGGCGCGUGUGCUUGGUGGAGAGGUUUCAUAUGGUCAAGUUCUUGGGGUCAUCGGAUACUCCCUGAUUCCCCUCAUUGUAAUAGCGCCUGUGCUGCUGAUCACGGGAAGUUUUGAUGUGGUCUCUACACUCAUAAAGCUUUUUGGAGUCUUCUGGGCUGCAUACAGUGCUGCAUCGCUUCUCGUUGGUGACGAGUUCAAAACAAAGAAACCGCUCCUUAUAUACCCCAUCUUCCUUUUGUACAUCUACUUCCUGUCUCUAUAUACUGGAGUCUGAUUGGCCCACCAGACUUGAUUGACAUGAUGCUUGGACGCUGACACAGAUCUUAGAGCGGUACUCUGCAGGACUGCUCACGUGAUGCAGAAGGAGGAGCACUAAAUCUUUUUUUUUUUUUUCUUCUUUUCUUUUCUUAAAACCACAGGAAGUCCUACACAGCAGGUUAUGAAGUGUACAGAGUUAAUGUGUUUUAAUAUAUUAGUCAAUUUUGUACCAGUAUAAAGGUAUAGCUUUUAUUGCACAGGCCAUGAAUUUAGCUGUUACCCUUGCAUAUGGCACUCUAGUUUCAUCAAGGGUAUGAUAUGAAAUGCACUACAAGGAAAAAAAAAACAUCGAUGGGUUCUGAUAAUCAUGACCGUCAUGUAUCAGAGAAGCUUUUAGUGCUGUAAGAGGCCUAAUGGUGUAGAUGUGUGUAAUUUAUCCUAGUCUGAAAUUAAAAGUUGGCAUGGCCCUUUUCCUCUCCAAUA